UUUAUAAAAGGGAAGAGUGUAGUAGCUAGGGCUGUCAAAGCACAUCUAUCGAUCUAAACACAAAAUAUAAGAUCGAAAACACUCGUUAAAAAAGUUCCAGCAAGGCAUGGGGUUGAGUGGGAAGCUUUUGCAGAUCAUAGCACUGCCUGGAGUAGUGAUCAUAAUAUUUGCAAUUGUGGCGGCGGAGGCAGCAGCAGCACCAACAACAACAGCAAGUAUUCCAACUAAGGCCAAGCCUGUCUGCCCCACGCACUGUGGAGAUGUAGAAAUUCCAUUCCCAUUUGGCUUCACUGAGGGCUGCUAUCUGGAUGACAGUUUUCGUAUCACAUGCGAAAACUCUUCGACACCAAAUUCACCAAUGAUAGGUAAUAUCCGUGUAAGAAAUAUAUCCACCGACACUCAUGAGAUUCUUGUCAUGAAUUGGGUAGGCCGAGAGUGUUACCAAUCCAACAACAGUUAUUACACGAACAAACCCAGGAUCAGGUUGUCCAAGUACACCAUUUCCAACAGCAAAAAUAGGUUCACUGUUAUCGGCUGUGACACUAUCGCAUACCUCAGUGGGUACCAAAAUGGAGAAGAGUUCAAGAUUGGGUGCUCAUCCCAAUGCCCUACCCCUACCAAUGUGGGGAAUGGGUUUUGCUCUGGCGUUGGGUGUUGCGAGGUAAGGUUUCCGUAUGGACUCAAAAAUAUUAGUAUUCAAGUACAGAGCUUUAAUAAUCACGAAAAUGUUCGGAACUUCAAUCCUUGCGGCUAUGCUUUUGUUGUCGAGAAAGGCCAGUUCAACUUCUCCGCCACUUAUCUCCAAAAUUAUACCAACCAAACGGUUCCAUUGGUGCUUGAUUGGGCAGUUGGGAAUCUCACAUGUGAAGAAGCUCGGAACAAACCGAAUUUCGCAUGUAAGGAUAUUACUACUACUCAAUGCAUUAAUAUCCUGGGCGGGUACCGUUGCCAGUGCAAGCAAGGUUACCGAGGGAACCCAUACCUCCUCCAAGGCCUUGGGGGUUGCCAAGACAUUGACGAAUGUUUGGAAGGGACUCAUAAUUGCACGAACCAGCACUGUUUCAACAUACCAGGCAAUUAUACAUGUGGUGAUUGUAAAGAUGGUGAAGGUUGUCCUGUAGACGAUGUCCCACCAGCAAUUAUUGGGGUUGUCAUUGGGAUUGGCAUUGGCUUAACUUCUACACUUGGGGGUAGCUGGUGGCUGUACUUGGAAUUCCAGGCAAGAAUAUCUAUUAAGCUUAAAGUAAACUUCUUUCGCCAAAAUGGGGGUUCAGACUUAGAAAAGCAUCUCCAACGAUCCACCGCUAAAAAUGCCAAAAUCUUUACUUCUGAAGAGUUGAAGGAGGCUAUCAACAACUAUGACAAGCGUAGGAUCAUUGGCAAAGGAGGUUACAAAGGAUUUUUACCAGAUAAUACAAUUGUUAUCAAGAAGUCCAAGACAGUGGAUCCAGACCAAGCUAACCAGUUCAUUAAGGGAAUUAUUCAACUCUUUGAAAUUGACCAUAAGAAUGUUGUCAAACUCUUGGGCUGUUGUUUAGAGACGGAAGUUCCUGUGCUAGUCUACGAAUUUGUCUCAGAACGUACACUCUUUGAGUAUAUACAUGGUGAAGACAACACAUCCACCAAACGAUGGGAAACCUAUCUAAGAAUAGCUGUAGAAACAGCGGAUGCACUAUCGUAUCUACACUCUUUAGAUAUAAUUCAUGGAGAUGUCAAGCCCUCAAACAUACUGCUUGUUGAUAAUUUCACUGCGAAAAUCUCCGACUUUGGAAUUUCAAAAUUGGUUCCCCAUGAUCAAAAUGACGUAGAUACUGUAGUGCAAGGAAUUCAUGGAUACCUGGAUCCUGAAUAUUUACUGACGAACCAAUUGACGAAGAAAAGUGAUGUUUAUAGCUUUGGAGUGGUCCUUGCGGCGCUACUAACAGAUGUAGCUCCAUCCACUAGGUCCAAGAAAAGAAGAAUGGUCCUCGCGGAGCUACUAACAGAUGUAGCUCCAUCCACUAGGUCUCCAUCCACUAGGCCCAAGAAAAGAAGAAAUGUUGUUAUGCAUUUUCUUUUCAAUAAUUUUCUUUCUUUAUUGAAAGAGAUUCUAUUGUCUGAACUUCUUGGUUAUGAUAUAGGUGAAGAAGGGAAUAAGGGUGUGGAUGAAGAAGGGAAGGGUGUGGAUGAAGAAGGGAAUAAGGAUGUGGAUGAAGAAGGGAAUAAGGAUAUAGAUGAAGAAGGGAAUAAGGGUGUGGAUGAAGAAGGGAAGGGUGUGGAUGAAGAAGGGAAUAAGGAUAUAGAUGAAGAAGGGAAUAAGGAGCAAAUCAAGGAAGUCGUUAAACUUGUAAAGAUGUGCUUAAGAUUGGAAGGGGAUGAGAGGCCUACUAUGGAGAAAUUGAAAAAUGAAUUAGAAGGAAUAUUAAGCAAGACAAAGACGCAUUCAUCGGUUAAUGCUCAUGAAUCAAAUCUGGAAAAACAGGCGGAACAUGACUUGCUUGGUGGUCAGAAACCUCACGCUGACGUAGACUGUGGAAGUAGCAUAUGUAACAUUAGCCUUGGGUGUUGGCCGACGAAUGUGGGCAUGUAACAUAUAUCAUCUCUUCAUGGCGUUUGUUUUUCAGUUUUUCUAAUGCAAUUUCCGGUUUAGGGUCCUAAAAGGAUUUAUGUUUACUUUCUCUCUGAUUCUGCACCAUUCUUCAUGUGUUGAGUAUAUUCUGUUAUGGUCAUAAGAUCGAGCAAUCAGUUGGUGUUAUUUGGAGUAAUUAUUUUGUUGUACUAUGCUGUCUUGUAUAGCUGCUGUGGGAUUGUAUAUCUGUUUUGUGUUUGGCAAGUGUAGUUUGUUUAA